CCUCAGGCCUUUGAAAAAAGUUAUUAUUAUCUUUUUCUUAGUGAAAAAAGUUGUCUUUUUCAACUUAACAAGACGAGCGCUCUAAUCUUCGAAGGCUUCCAGUGAAAAAUGUAAGCCAUCAAGAUUCUGUUGGUUUCAUGUUCACAUCGUCAGAGAUCAACUGCUUAACAGAAAUCACCGAGAGAAAAUAUAACGUGACUGGUGGGGCAAAACUAAUAACAGAUGGACUACUGUUUGUUAACCGUGGUGAUAACAGUCAAUGGAGGGAUGCAGAGUCAUUUGAAGGACAAAUUUUUCAAAAUUAACCUGAUAACUUCUGUACAAAGUCUGCAUUUCGCUCCUAUUUGGGAAUUAUCAGCAUGGGUCGUAAGAAAACUCAAAUGAGCUUGAUUCAGGGAGAAAGUGCUCGUCAAGUUUCUUUUUCGAAGCGCCGAACUGGCAUCUUUAAGAAGGCUAGCGAACUUUGUACCUUGUGUGCAGUAGAAGCAGCAGUUGUUAUCUUCUCCCCAGGCGGCAAGGCCUUCACCUUUGGACAUCCCUGCUUUGAAGCAAUUAUGAAGAAGCUUGCUGACCCAGAGAAUCCAGAUAAUGGCUUUGCUGAGCAUAUGGCUGAGCAUGAGGCCACUCUUCGUGAUCUAAACAAGCAGUAUUCUGAUCUACUCGAACAACUAAAAGCUGAAGAAAAGCGAGGAGAGGAGCUCAAGCAGAUGCUAUUGUUAGAUAAACCAAUUGAUGACCUCAACUUGGAUGAGCUGCUGACAUUGCAAGCAUUCAUGGAGAGAGCUAAAGCAGAUCUGUUGAAGCGACUUGGAGCUCGUCCAGUUCAGAAUUCUGAUCCUUCCGCUUCCUCCUCAGGAAACUCAACUGAAGCCAUUGAUCCCUCUGUCACUAAGUCAAAAGCAAAUAAUGCUGAUACUCAUGGCAAUUGCCAUGGGGUUUGCAAUGGAGAUUGACUUAAUAUUCACAGUGGGAAGAGAGUGUUUGUGCCUUAAUGAUCUUGAUGAUAGUGCUCAGUGUUAUAUGAGUGAUUCUAGUUGUUCGCUCUUUUCACCACUUGGAAUGUGGAUGGGAAUGUAAUAGAUUGGACAUUCUAAAUGUUCAUUCUGAAUAAAAUAAUCUAUUCUGAUAA